UUGCACCACUGAAGUCCCUGUGUUCCGAGCGUCUGGCCGGCUGGCAAUCUAAGCUUCGUGACUUGGGUUAUAAUUGCCUCGAAUUGACAUCUGACUCGCCUUAUUAUAGCACUGAUGAGCUAUCGGAUUACAGUGUUCUUAUUGCAACUCCAGAGAAAAUUGACAGUUUAUUUCGGUCGCAGGAGGACAUGAAAAACUUUGCUUCUCGGAUACGUUUGCUCAUGUUGGAUGAGAUUCACACUGUAGCUGAUCAGUCACGUGGAGCGUGUCUGGAAGUAGUUGUUUCGCGUUUGCUGGCGUCUCAGCCGAGGGUUAUUGCCGUAUCCGCAACGUGCCCUAAUAAUGCUGAUGUGGAAUGGCCUUUUAGUUUUGGACCUCAAUUCCGCCCCGUUCCGAUCACAAAGGUUGUUCUAGGAUUUCAAAAGUCCAAACAAACCUCAUUAUUUCAGUUCGACCAAUUUCUUACCAGGAAACUGGCACCAAUUAUACGCUCAUAUUCUAAUUAUCGUCCAACACUUAUAGUACCAAGCCAAUGUUUGCGCAAGGGAGUUGGAUUUCACCAUGCCGGCAUUGACCCAGUCGAUCGACGCCUCGUGGAAAAGUACUUUAUAGAGUGUCGUAUCUCUGUGCUCGGUAAACCGUUUUUGACUGUUCUAAAAAUCAAUUCUUACUCAGUUUCCACCAGUACGUUGUCAAUGGGCAUUAAUUUACCAGCUCACCUGGUUAUCAUAAAGAACACUGCUCUAUAUAUUAAUGGCGAGCCUCAAGAAUACGGCAGCCGACAGAUGCUGCAGAUGAUUGGUCGAGCCGGUCGACCACAGUUUGACACCUCGGGAACCGCCAUCAUCAUGACUACUUUAGACAAAAAAGAGUAUUAUGAGAAUUGGCUAGACGAUGUUGAUAACGUUGAAAGCAGUCUUCACACAUGCCUAACAGACCACCUUAACGUGGCAAUAGCGUUGGGCCAAAUCCAGAGCCACGAGGACAUGGCGAAGUGGAUCGCGAAGACGUAUCUCGCGGUGCGUCUGCAAAAGAACCCGCAAUUCUACGGGCUGCAUAAGUCCCCUUCCAGCAGCCAACUCUCCAACGAGCUAGACCUCGUGGGGCGAUUGAUGUGUGAGCAUUUUCUCUCCUUCACCACCGUGGAGUCGUUUCUGCGCCUUACCGGCACUGAAACACUGAUUGACCUAAUUCACUAUAUUGCGGGAUGCGCCGAAAUGCAAGAGAUCUCCAUCCGGAGUCAAGAGAAAAGCCAACUGAAUCAAAUAAAUAAGGCAAUGCCCGAAAAGACUAAGGGGACCAGAGAUGGCGGAGUGUUUGUCAUGUGUGUCGACCAACUCAGGUUGGAUGAAUACCCCACGAAGGGCAGAAUUACGAGUGCACAGUUAAAAGUCGUCACCCUCCUGCAGGCCGAACUGAACGACUUCAUCGUGCUGGACUCGAGCCUGCAUCAGGAAAGCAGCAGGAUCAUUAAAAUAUUCACCCGGUGUGCCGUCGUUGUGGAUAAGUUCUUAUUGCGUCAACACCACGUCCACAUGACAUGGUAUGUUCUCACAGGCCUCCGCAAUCUGCUCUGGGGAGCGUCUUCAAGCGGAGGGGACGCUGGUUCCGACAACCAACUGGACGCCAAUCCAGCACCGGCUUCAUCGGGGUUCUCGUGCAUGGCGCACGUCAUCGAAUUGGCCAAGUCGGUCUCCUAUCGGCUCUGGGCCGACGCCCCGCUGGCCUCGCUUCGGCAGCUGCCUGAUCUCGGCAAGGACUACGCCAACCAACUCUCCGGCGCCGGCAUUGUCUCGCUCAAGGACAUUGAGAAGGCUGGACCCAGACGGAUUGAACAGGUAGCACCCUUUUGUGUGAGCGUGCCUAAUCACGUCAACUUACAACCAGAUGCCGAUCUUCUAGAGCUUGGAAACCCCUUGCCCGAACCUAUCCUGCGCCGUAAACCUCCGUUUGGUGAUGGCAUCUGCGAGAGUGCACUUGCAGUGCCGAAAUAUGAACUCUCUGCAGAGCAGGUGGCGAGCAGCUCCGAAAACUGCGUCGAGUUUGAGUUCACGGUUCGUUUGGCCCGGCCCUGCAACCACGACCAGGUGGCGUUGAUUGUCGCCGACAACCUCAACCACAUCAUCUUCAAAUGUGUGCUCUCGACCAAAGCAAUUGAAUCAGCAGGUCAGUGGUCGCGCCGCGUUGUAUUGAUGUAUGACCCAGCAGUCACCGUACUCUUCACCAGCCUCAUCAGCUUCAACUAUCGUUUGGUGAAGUUAGCUUUGCUCGACAACGUACCACGUGAUGCUGGCAUUGUCGUCUUCUUUUCCACAGUGGGCAUUGAUUUAAACAUCCACUUCCCGAUUCCUUGGGCCGAUCGAAGUCUCCACGACAACCAGGAGUUCGGUGGUGCUAGUCAGCCCCUCCCAGUGACAGUUAGUCCAUAUCUUUCGAAUUCCUUCGGCCCCGUGACAACUGCAAAAGCGCGAAAACGCCAGACAGUAGCGAAGGCGAAGCACUCCAGCAGCUUGGUGGCAUCCAUGUCGACACCGAAGGUUUCUGACGACGGAUUUAGACAGACGAAUAUUUUGAGCUUUUUCAAGGCAACCAAAUCGCUGUCUGAACAGGUGCCUCAGAACAAACUCGCUGACUGGGCGCUGGAAAUCAGUCCCGUACCAAAGCUACCCAGCUUCAUUCCUCCGCGCAGUGAGACGACGCCUCGGGUAUCGACGAAUUCAACUCCGGGCGUUCCCAUUGCCACCACCCCACGCAGCACCACAUUUCAGGGCGACCCUCCAUCCCUUAGAUUAUCCCCGCUUCAGUCGGACCAGCCCGAGAGGAAUUUCAAGAAAGUUAGGUGGGAGCAGUCAGUUUUGGGUGGUUCAGACGUCGAACUGGAUGGUACGGGGAACGGUUGCCUAACCUUUGAGCCUGGUGACACAGUCGACGCUGAGGUCGAAGAAUCGGUUGAGAGGGAACUGUGCUCGAUUCUCUCCACAGUGGAGGAAGCAGAAAAGGCAGGAAGUAGUUUUGUUGGUGGGGAUAUGCGCUACGCAUAUUCGCCAAUUCUGCCCUCAACAUCGCUCCCCGUGGACCUGGAUGAGUCCUUUACUUGUGACGAGAUUCCACGACAAUCGACUUCAAUCCUGCACACGCCACUGGCACCCAGGCCAAUCGUGCAUUCGGCGACAUCCACCGCUUCCCGUGAACUCAAACAGCCAUCUCCGUUUGUGUUUAACACACCCAAAGAAGCUCAACCUGAGCCGUUUAAAUUAAUUUCAAGAGGGCAGGAGAGCAGUCAGCAAUGUACACCCACCAAAACCCCGCUCAAUACCUCUUUUUCGGCUGCUGCUACUACAACCACAAAUGAAUUUAGAACGCCCAAGGAGAUGAGACUCCGUACGUCACUUGACGACUUUGAAGACGCUAGCUUCCAGCCGAAGGAUUCGAACGACGCAGGUGACAGUAGUGUUUUCAAGCUGCCAACAACGACACCGUUAAAGUCGCUUCAACAGAAAUCACAACUGUCCUCGGCCACACCUGGGCUAAAAGACAAAUUGUCCAAGAGGGUGUCGUUUGAAACCCUGCUGCUGCCGAAAUCCGACACUGGCUAUUCGUCGUCAGCUCAAAUUCCGACUUCGGCCAGCCGGUACGACACCCGCCUUGACAAUGACACCCCCCGUUUGUAUCGACCGAGUGGGGCAAUUGCACCCAUCACCAACUCGGUUGCACAACUGGACAAGGACAAAGAGGAGGUGGGUGUGGAGGAAUCGAGGACAGAACAGAAGCUUGACGAAGUGGAUGCGCGAACACCAAGGCUGCUGGACUUCGACUUGCUGCGGGAGGGCUGGGAUCAGUUGGCCACAUUUAUAUACUGUUACAACAUUUUGCAGAGCUUCGAUUCGACUAACUCCAACUUUGUGGCCAUUUCCGCGCCCAAGACCCCGCCUCAUAACUCAAGCGACUCGGCAUAUCCCUCCGGCUGCUGCUUCACACUAACCGACACAAUACCCUCGGUCCCCUUCAGCAAACGCGAAUACCACAGCACCAUUCAAGAGGUAAGACCCAGCGGCCAGUGGCUAGUAGACGAGAGAUCGUCCUGA